AUGAAUCGACCACCACAAGGCCGUGGCCAGGGAGGUCUUGGUGCUACCUGGAUGCCAGGAGGCGAUGACCAGUACUUCAUUCCGGAAGUAAUUUCUCCCUCUCCUCAAAGCAGAGUCAUGCCAGAAGUUCCGGAGAAUAUGCAAGACAACAUCGCGCAGCUUGAACAUCAGGCUCGCAGCCCCAACCGCAUGCAAUAUGGUCAGGCCCAGUAUGAGCGCUCACGGUUCCCAGAGCGAUCUUCUUCCGCCACCGUUGUCCAAGGUCAGCCUCUACACUCUGGCUAUGAGGCAGCCCAUUACGAACAAUCUGCAGCCGUAUACGACGUAAUGGAUGCACCAAACUUCUCUCCCUUCCCGGUGCUGCGAAACCCGCCGCCAAACGUUCCUCCCACCGAUGAACAAAGAGAGGCGAACUUAGAGAAGGCUCGCUUACCCGUGCUGUCCUCGAAUGACCCGGAAAUGCAACUGGCAUGGGCCCAAGAUGUGCUCGCCCAUGUGGAGGUCGCUAUGCAGAACGAGGCCCGUUUGUCUGUUAUUCAGCCGCCGCGUCCGCAAACCCCUUCUGUUGAGCGGCAGCUGCGGAACGACGGAUUGAAUAUCGUCAACUUCUUGGCUGAACAGUAUCAUCCGAAGGCGGAAUUUAUCAAGGGUAUGUGGCUAGAGUUCGGCAAGUUCGGAUACCGCGUGGACAAGAAAGAGGCCUUCCGCUGCUACUCGAGAGCUGCAGAAAAGGGUUAUGCACGGGCAGAAUAUCGCAUCGGAAUGCAAUUUGAAAGCUCUGGAGAGCCAGAGAAGGCGAUCAGACACUACGAGAAGGGUGUGGCGAUGAAGGAUUCUGCCUCUUACUAUCAUGGACAACGUCAGGACUAUCGCUUGGGUCUCGAGUACAUCAGUCUUGCUGCGCAGUCCUGCGACGAGAAUGCGCCUCAGGGUGCCUACGUCUAUGGCAUGCUUCUAGCCCGAGAAUUGCCCCAGGUCAACGUUCCAGAAAGCUACCUUCCUCUGGAUCUCAACGCUGCGCGCAUCAACAUCGAAAAGGCCGCCUAUCACGGAUUCGCCAAGGCCCAGGUGAAGAUGGGAGCCGCAUAUGAACUGGGCCAGCUUGGCUGUGAUUUCAACCCGGCAUUAUCCUUGCAUUACAAUGCACUUGCUGCACGCCAGGGCGAGCCUGAGGCCGAGAUGGCUAUUAGUAAAUGGUUCCUGUGUGGGCACGAAGGCGUAUUCGAGAAAAAUGAUGAACUGGCAUUCACAUACGCCCAACGGGCGGCUCAAAGCGGCCUACCCACAGCGGAAUUCGCCCUGGGUUACUUCUAUGAAGUCGGAAUUUAUGUUCCUGUUGACAUCAAAGAAGCCAAAAGCUGGUAUGCUAAAGCUGCAGCGAGCGGAAACAAAGAUGCUACUGGUCGGAUCGAUAGCAUCUCGCGAUCGAAGACCUUGUCCCGCCGAGAUCAUGAGAAUGUUGCUAUUGCUCGAAUCAAAUCCACCCGCUACGGGAACCAUCAACGAGGAGCUUCUAACACAAGUGCAAUGCAACCAGUCACCGAAAAUCUCGAGAUGCCUGACCCGUCUAGGAUGAGCCUUUCAGAUCCCAGCACGGCCCCCGCGGCUCCCUACCCCGACCGACAGGGGCCCCAUGGCCAUCCGGGUUAUCCCUCCGAUGCUCGGCCCAGUUCAGCCUUUGGUAUCAACCCAAACAUCCGCCCCAAUGUUGCUCAGUACAACCGUGCCGCUUCAUACGGGCCAGGACCAAUGGGUUACCGCCCACCAGGCUCUGCAACACCACCAGGUGGUUCAGCACCUCCAAUGUCGACCGCACCGAAAUUAGACAUCGGCUACUCGGCGCCCAUUGAACCUCAGAGACAGGAUAUGCGGAGACGCCCUCAACGCUUAGACAAUGUCCCAGACCGGAAGCCCGCACGGACGCCCGUUCCAGGUGCCAUGCCCUCCCCGCGGCCUUCCCCUUCUUCCGCAAACUUUCCUCCACGUGCCGAUUCAGUGCAAUCCCCUUCCGCCACGCCAAAGCCCGGGUCCGCUCCACCGUCGGCUGCGCCAGCGGCUCCUGCCACUCAGAAACCAGCGACACCUGGUCGUCUACCAGGCAAAGGCCCGAAAACUUUCGAGGAAAUGGGUGUUCCCCAAGCUCCGAAGGAGAGCGAUUGCAUCGUCAUGUGA